AGAUAAGGAGAAAGUUUUAUUGAAAGCUGUUCUGUUACUGUGCGAGAUAACGAAUGACUCAGCAGAAUCAACAUUAUUAUCAACUCUGUAUUCCCAAUAUUUACUUUAUGCCUCAGUUCUUAUCACUAGUUUGGCCUGAACUUCGUGCUGAGGUGUUCAGCUGUACAUCUCCAAGAUUCGGGAGUUGUUCUGACAGCUGUGAAUCCGAUUCUGAAUCUUUUGUAGUUAUUGAGUCUGUCUUGUGAAACAAAAAAGGCUCUUCUGCAAACAAUGGCUAACAAAAAUAUUCCCAUCAAGUUUACAAAGAUAUUUAUAAACAAUAAGUUUCUCGAUGCAGUGUCUGGCAAGACUUUCCCAACGAUCAACCCAACAAACGGAAAGAAGAUAACUGAUGUUGCCGAAGGAGACAAGGCUGAUGUGGACGAGGCUGUGGCGGCGGCCAGCGCUGCGUUCCGGAGAGGCUCGCCUUGGAGGACCAUGGACGCCUCCGCCAGGGGCCAGCUCAUCCACAAGCUGGCCACGCUCCUGGAGCGGGACGUGAAGUACCUGGCGAACCUGGAGUCCCUGGACAACGGCAAGACGUACACGAACUCGCUGGGCGACAUCAUGUACUCCGCCGGCUUGCUCAAGUACUACGCCGGCUGGGCGGACAAGAUACACGGACACACGUGUCCGUCAGACGGCCCGGUGCUGACCCUCACGCGCAAGGAGCCCGUCGGGGUGGUGGGGCAGGUCGUCCCCUGGAACUACCCGGUGCUGAUGCUGGCGAUGAAGUGGGGCCCCGCCCUGGCCGCCGGCUGCACCAUGGUGCUCAAGCCCGCCGAGCAGACCCCGCUCACCGCCCUCUGCAUCGCGUCCCUCGCCAAGGAGGCUGGCUUCCCUGCAGGCGUGGUGAACGUGGUCCCUGGGUACGGACCAACAGCAGGCGCCGCCAUAGCCAAUCACCCGCAAAUAAACAAGGUCGCUUUUACCGGUUCCACCGAAGUCGGACGGAUUAUUGCAGAGGCAGCAGCCAAGUCCAAUCUCAAAAGAGUGUCACUGGAAUUAGGAGGGAAAAGUCCCCUGGUUGUUUUUUCUGAUGCUGAUCUGGACUUGGCGGUCGGGGUGGCGCACGAGGCGCUGUUCGUGAACCACGGCCAGAUCUGCACGGCGGGCUCGCGCACCUUCGUGCAGGAUGACAUCUACGACUCCUUCGUGAGGAAGGCCGUGGAGAGGGCGAGCGCCAGGACGGUCGGCGACCCCUUCGCGAGCGGAGUGCAGCAGGGACCGCAGGUCGACGAGGACAUGUUCAACAAGGUGCUGGGGCUGAUCGAGUCCGGCAAGGCGGAGGGCGCCAAGCUCGAGUGUGGAGGCGAGAGACUGGGCAGCGAAGGAUACUUCAUCAAGCCCACCGUGUUCUCGGGCGUCACCGACGACAUGAGGAUCGCCAGAGAAGAGAUAUUCGGGCCCGUGCAGAGCAUCAUCAGGUUCAAGACGCUGGAAGAAGUGAUCGAGCGAGCCAAUAACACCCGCUACGGCCUGGCCGCCGGCAUCAUCACCAAUGACAUCGAUAAGGCCAUGGCUUUCGCGCUGUCUGUCCAGGCCGGUUCUGUCUGGAUCAACGGCUACAACAUGAUAGUGCCGCAGGCUCCGUUCGGCGGCUUCAAGGAGUCGGGGACCGGCAGAGAACUAGGCGAAGACUCCUUGAAAGAGUACCUGGAAGUGAAGACCAUCACCAUAAAGCUGCCGGAGAAAUUCUGAUGCUGCGAGGAACUGAUUGAGAAGAUGUUUUGUUAAGAACUAAAUGUGAAUUUAUUGAGAUAAUAUUUUUGUGAAAACAAUUUAUGUAAAUUGAAAUACAAGAGGUGAGGAUAUUAUACAUUUUAUGUUUGAAAUAAAAAAAAAUUGACCCAAUUUAUUUUGGAUUUGUUUCUAUUGGUGUUAUAUGGCGAGGUUGUGCAAUGGGAACACAGUAGAUUGUGAGUGUUCGCGGAAAAUGCUUAUGGAUCCUUGCUGUAGGUAAUGACUGAGUCCUGAACCAAUAGACCUGUUGUGUGUUUCUGCUGUUGAUGGGACAGUAGCUCAAUAAAGUAUAAAUAAAUUAUA